AUGCAAGGACCAAAUGAAACUGUUAACCAAUAUGCUUUGGAUAUCAAAUGCCUUAUUAAAAGAGUAUAUUAUUUGAACAACUGGGCUGAAUCUGAUAAAAUUUACAACUUUACUAAAGGUCUUCAUUGUGAAAUUUCCUAUCAGUUAAGACCCUACUUAACUUUUAGGAACAAUGUAACUCUUGAACAAACUAUUGAAGCAGCAAGGCAAAUGAAAGAAAAUAAUAAUGCAUAUCCUGAAGCUCUUCUAGGAUUUUAUUCUUCCAAUAUAAAUUCUGCUCCUAUAGUAAUAAAUUACAAUCAGUUUGUCUACAAUCAUACUACUCCAAAUGAUAAUAAUAACCUAACUCAAAAAGCCUUAGCUCCAAAACAAACUCCAAAACAGAAAAAACAAGAAGAAAAACAAGCAACCCUUGGUAAAGAAGAACCUAAAAACACACCUAUGAUCUGUAAAGGACAAGUUGCAGAAUGGACAAUUGACAUCAUUAUUGAUUCUGGGAUCCAUAGGAAUAAGAAAUCUAGUGAAGGAAUUAUCAAUGACAUCCCUGUGCAUUUGGGUGAUAUAGUAAUAGCAGUGAAUAUGAAAGUAAUUAAUACAAAUAUCUAUACUUUAGUAUUAGAAAAUGACUGGCUUAGAAAAGCCAAAGCAGUCAUUGAUUAUAAUCAAUCAAAAAUAAAAAUAAGUGAUAAAAACAAAGUUAUCAAAAACUCAAAAACUGAUAUCAAGGUCCUCAAAGAAAAUGCUGUUCAAGGUGGAUUAGAGGAAUUAGAAACAAAUAAAAACAAAGUCCAUAUCCAAAAAUUCUUAGCAAAUACCCACAAAUUGUUGCAAAGAAUAUUGAUCAAUUAA